UCGAUAUCGACGCGUCACCGCGUAUUUCGAUAUUGAUUGCAAACUUAGAAUCUACUGGGCCGACAGCUUGGAAUCUCUAUCGCGGAAUAACCUUGACACGGAUGCGCUACUCUACUUUCGUUGAAAGACCGUUUUCGCCUUCUCGAGCGGCUUGUAACCUCACUGCGCUCUGAAUACCGGCUUCCGAGCGCUCCUUUGGUGGUCAGCUUGCUAAAUUUUUCAACAUUUUCGACCUUCGGUCUUGACUCGAAUUUUUUUCUUCUAUUCUAUCCCUCCUCUUUUCUUUCUUUUUUCUUUCACUUCUCCUUCGUCCUUUUAAAGGUAUUUUAUGUGUAACAUUUAGGCAACAUACAAAUGGACGAUAAGUGGAAAGUGUUACGUACUUUGAAGAGAACAGCAGGAAGGGAGAAAGAGAGAUUGCUCGAUGACUGGAGAGGAAUUGUGAUACAGAAUAAAGUAGUCUGUACAAAAGAUCCGUUUGGAAAUAGGUGGCCAAAUUUUACAGCGUGUUUCGGUUCUACUGAUGAAAACGGGUCACGUGAAGGUUAUGGAUUUGCGGACGUUUUCAUCUCAAGUUGUAGAGAUCGGCCGGAAGAUAAUAGAUCGUCGCGGUUGAACGUCGUGGCACGUGGAAUAUUAGGAAACCAUUUAAACGACCUGGAUUUUCUAUGUAGUUAAUUCAACAUGCACCGCGAGAGGUCAUGGUCGUGUGUAUCUCGUAUGCCGACUCUCAAGAUGUCUUCUUUCGAUCCGCAUAAAAGUUUCAUGAGGAUGCCCACUAAUUAAAGACGAAAAAGAAGAGGACGCUAGCGUGUGUUCUUUCAAGUUCCUUCGAGUCGCGGACACCUUGUACUGAUCUUUUCGCGAAUCCAAUUAAAGGCGUUGAUUUCUGAAGGAGAAAGGAACGCUGUAUUGUGAAACUGGGGAAUUUUCUUUGUGGUACAAUGUGGUUCUAACGUGUUAAUGAGAAGAGGCUAUUUUUAGGCGUGUAACUGAAUUGUUCUCAACAAAUUGGUUGGAUAUGAAUAAUUUUUGUUGCUAUUAGAUAACAGAAAUUCGUAAAAUUACUAGUAGUUCUAGUUUUUGUAUUAGGGGUAUGUGAAUUUCAUCUGCAAAUUUAAAUAGAACUUUUUACCUUCUGUAAUGUGUAAUGUAUUUAAUUAUAUACGUGAAAGUAUAAAUAUUUAUACCUUUCUAAAAUGUAUGUUUGAUUUAUGAAUUUCAUAGAUAUCAUUUGAAUCUGUG